ACCGAGCCGACAGGGAGGGGGAGAGACGGGGAGAGAGAGAGAGAAGAGAGCGGUGGGAGGACACGGACACGGGGCUCCACGUCCAGCUUCUCCUCCUCGGUGCGCACACGGGGGCGGCGAAGCAGGUUGCUGAAUUCCUCCACCUUUUCCCCUUGUUUUGGUUUCUUCUCUCUUCCCCGGAGCGUCCGCAGACCGAAGUAAGGGACUAUGGAGGAUGUGUACCCCUACAGCCGCAGCCCUGUCUGGGAGGAACUGGAGCCGGAGAAAGGGGACGUGUCGUCCGCCGCGGGGGUCCAUGCCCAUGUGGUGGGCGCUGCCGCCGGCGCCGGGGCGGUGGACGAGUCCUCCGACAGCGACGCGGAGCAGGAAGGCCCCCAGAAGCUGAUCCGGAAAGUGUCCACCUCCGGACAGAUCAGGAGCAAGACGAGCAUAAAGGAGGGAUUGCUGCUGAAACAGACGAGCUCCUUCCAGAGGUGGAAGAAGCGCUACUUCAAACUGAGAGGCCGAACUCUCUACUACGCCAAAGAUGCCAAGUCCCUUAUCUUUGAUGAGGUGGACCUAUCAGAUGCCAGUGUUGCAGAGUCCAGCACAAAGAAUGUCAACAACAGCUUCACAGUGAUCACCCCGUUCCGUAGGCUUAUCCUCUGUGCCGAGAACAGAAAAGAGAUGGAGGACUGGAUCAGUUCGCUCAAGUCCGUCCAGUCCAGAGAGCAUUACGAGACGGCACAGUUUAAUGUGGAACAUUUCUCAGGGAUGCACAACUGGUACGCCUGCUCCCACGCACGGCCCACCUUCUGCAACGUCUGUAAAGAUAGCUUGUCUGGGGUCACUUCUCAUGGCCUCUCCUGUGAAGUGUGCAAAUUCAAAGCCCACAAACGCUGUGCUGUAAGAGCCACUAACAACUGUAAAUGGACGACCUUGGCCUCUAUAGGGAAGGAUAUAAUUGAAGAUGAGGAUGGGAUUGCCAUGCCUCAUCAGUGGUUGGAAGGCAACCUGCCGGUCAGUGCCAAAUGUGCCGUGUGUGAUAAGACAUGUGGCAGCGUGCUAAGGCUGCAGGACUGGCGCUGCCUCUGGUGCAAAGCAAUGGUGCACACAGCCUGCAUGGACCUGUACCCUCGCAAGUGUCCUCUCGGUCAAUGCAAAGUCUCCAUCAUUCCCCCCACGGCGCUCAACAGCAUCGAUUCCGAUGGAUUCUGGAAGGCCACCUGUCCCCCGUCAUGUGCCAGUCCCCUCCUGGUCUUCGUCAACUCCAAAAGCGGCGACAACCAGGGCGUGAAAUUCCUGCGGCGCUUCAAGCAGCUUCUCAACCCGGCCCAAGUCUUCGACCUGGUCAACGGGGGUCCGCACCUCGGCUUGCGCCUGUUUCAGAAGUUUGAUAACUUUCGGAUCCUGGUGUGUGGAGGGGAUGGUAGCGUGGGCUGGGUCCUAUCAGAGAUCGACAAACUCAAUCUACACAAACAGUGCCAGCUGGGGGUGCUGCCCCUUGGGACUGGCAACGAUCUAGCCCGGGUGCUGGGCUGGGGCCCUUCGUGCGACGACGACACCCAGCUGCCCCAGAUCCUGGAAAAACUAGAGCGGGCCAGCACCAAGAUGCUGGACCGUUGGAGCAUCAUGACCUAUGAGAUUAAAAUCCCACCCAAACACAGCUGCCCCACCACGCCCGAGGGAGCCGACGACUGCCAGCAGUUUCACAUUUCAGCCUAUGAAGACUCAGUGGCCACUCACCUCACAAAGAUCCUCAACUCAGAUCAGCACUCUGUGGUCAUCUCCUCUGCCAAGGUCCUGUGCGAAACUGUGAAGGAUUUUAUUGCCAAAGUGGGGAAAGCGUAUGAAAAAAGCACAGAGAACGUUGUGGAGUGCGACUCUAUGUCUCUCAAAUGUGCCAUCCUGAACGAGAAGCUGGACUCCCUCCUGCAGACCCUUAAUGCAGAAUGCCAGUCUCUGCCUCCCCUUCCCCACUGCACCCCUCCGAUUGUCGAAGAAGAACAAGAGGAGGAUGAAGAGGAGGAGGAAGAGGAGGCCAGCGAGGAGAGCCUGACGGAGGCCAAAGGGAAGCUGGAGGAGGAGGAGACGGAGAAAGGAGGGAGAAGAGGAGGAGGGUCCCCGCGGCAGCUGUUUAAAAGCAGGGAGCAGCUGAUGCUCAGAGCCAACAGUCUGAAGAAAGCAGUGCGGCAGAUCAUAGAGCAGGCUGUGAGAGUGGUGGAUGAGCAGAACACGGAUGACACAGAGCUUCCAUCUCCCCUGGAGUUCAGGAAAGACAGCGAGGACGAGAACAGGGACAGCGAGAAAGACGAAGACACCAAGGAACUGGAAGCAGUGUCAUCCGCAAAGAGUCCCUGUUCUCCAACGGAGAGGAGGGUGAGCCGCAGCACGCAGUCUUAUGGGCCCUUCACCAUCACCCCCUUCACUACCAGCAAGGAGAACCUCCCCGUGCUCAACACACGCAUCAUCUGCCCCGGGUUGCGAGCAGGGCUGGCCGCCUCUAUCGCCGGCAGCUCCAUCAUUAGCAAGAUGCUCCUGGCUAACAUCGACCCAUUCGGUGCAACACCCUUCAUCGACCCAGACCUCGACUCGCUAGAGGGCUACAUGGAGAAGUGUGUCAUGAACAACUACUUUGGCAUCGGCCUGGAUGCCAAGAUCUCGCUGGAGUUCAACAACAAGAGAGAGGAGCAUCCAGAGAAAUGCAGGAGUCGUACGAAGAACAUGAUGUGGUACGGUGUUUUGGGCACUAAAGAGCUGCUGCAAAGAACCUAUAAGAACCUGGAGCAAAAAGUCCAGCUAGAGUGCGACGGCCAGUACAUCCCCCUGCCCAGCCUUCAGGGCAUCGCUGUGUUGAACAUUCCCAGCUAUGCAGGCGGAACCAACUUCUGGGGCGGCACCAAAGAGGAUGAUAUCUUCUGUGCUCCAUCAUUUGAUGAUAAGAUCCUGGAGGUCGUGGCCGUGUUUGGGAGCAUGCAGAUGGCUGUAUCCAGAGUCAUCAAGCUCCAGCAUCACCGCAUAGCCCAGUGCCGAACAGUGAAGAUCACCAUCCUGGGGGAUGAAGGUGUUCCCAUUCAGGUGGACGGGGAGGCCUGGAUCCAGCCGCCAGGAGUUAUCAAGAUCCAGCACAAGAACAGAGCACAGAUGCUCACAAGAGACAGGGCGUUUGAGAACACACUGAAGUCAUGGGAGGACAAGCUGAAGUAUGAUAAGCCUCCCUUACGGCCUCACCUCUACCCUCAGCAGUCUGUGGAUCUGGCCACCGAGGAGGAGAACGCCCUGAUGCAGAUGUGUGCCCGGGCUGCUGAAGAGCUCAUCACAAGGAUAUGUGAAGCCGCAAAAACCAACGGGCUUUUAGAGCAGGAGCUGGCUCAUGCUGUUAACGCCGCAUCUCAUGCCAUCAACAAAAUGCAUCCAAAAUUCCCAGAGAGCCUGACGAGGAACACUGCAAUCGAGGUGGCGAGCACCGUCAAGGCGCUCUACAAUGAGACCGAGUCUCUUCUGUUGGGACGAGUCUCUCUGCAACUGGACCCACCAGAGGAGGAGCAGCUGUCCAGUGCUUUGCAGAGCCUGGAUGUUGAACUGGGCAAAGUGGGGGACAUCCCCUGGCUCUAUCACAUCCUGCAGCCCAACGACGAGGAGGACCACUCUCUGGGUUACGGCAAGAGGAACAGUCGCAGCAGCGUGUUUCGCAUAGUGCCCAAGUUCAAGAAGGAGAAGGCCGCCAAGAAGACGAGCCCUCAGUCAGUGGAGAGAUGGGGCACAGAGGAGGUGGGCGUUUGGCUGGAACAGCUGAGUCUGGGGGAGUACAGAGACACCUUCAUACGACACGACAUCCGAGGCUCAGAGCUGCUGCACCUGGAGAGGAGGGACCUAAAGGAUCUGGGGAUAUCGAAAGUGGGUCAUAUGAAGAGAAUUCUCCAGGGAACUAAGGAGCUGGCCAAGACCUCCAUGGUUGACCUCUAACCUGGGAGCAAAAACUGCCAGGGAGGGGAAAAACACAAUUCCCCUAAAAUGACCCGCUUUGGGAGCACCACAGGCUGAGAGUGAGGAGACAGGUAUUCAAGGAGAGCUGGCUUUAAGCACUCCGCUGUGAAAGCCUUUGUGACGGUGUGGACAGGACAAGGACGUGUGUGUGUAAGUGUGUCGGUGCCAAGAAAGCUGAGAAAUGUUUCAAAAGGAAGUCAUGAAUCUUCAUAACAACGAAAGCCAUUUCCAAGUUAAUAACCACUCAUAGCACACUAUCAGGUAUCCAAGAAACCGUACUAAUGACUAGUUGUCUGGGCUGUGAUAAACUAGUAGCAUAACUAAGACUUCCAUGAGGUUGGGGUUCAGUGUUAGCUGGAUUUGAGCGUGAGCUGCAGACGCAGCAGAGCAUCAAAGCUACCGGCAGGCUGGUGCAGAAACAGAAAGCAAACAUCUCCAUCCGCUCUAGGUGUCCUGUGGGACGCUGUAGCAUGCUACGCUUGCUAAUCCUUAAAUAUCUUUAACUGCAUGAUUAGUGUCUCGGUUUUCAGUGUGCAAGAUAACACUUGAAGAAGUUUUACAUGACGUGUUAAGUAUUAUGAUGCCAUUUGUUACUACUGAAACCAACAUUAUUGGUCUAAGAUGGUGUUUUUUUUCCUCUCACUCCAUUUAAUUUAUUUUGCUUGCAUGACGAUAAUACUUUAUAAAGAUUUCUGUCAAGUGCCAUACUUUCAGUCAUUUGUUGUAAAAGAUGCGUUAUCAGUGGUCAUUAUAAGAAGACAAUGAUGAGGUAGGAAUUUGUGGGGUUGUCGUCUGCGGAUGUGAAAACAGAACCAAAGUGAAUGUUGACGAAAGCAUAAUCACCUGAGGAUUCUGCUCCAAGGACCUGCAGGGUCCUACGUCUUACUUGGGUCCAGGGUGGGACUCGCAGGAUCUAGUUCCAGACAGUUCCUCACUGUUGGUCAGGUGCCAACCGCAUUUAUGAUAGGGUUGCUCAGUUUUUGUUUCUUUUUUAGGAUUUCCUAAAAGGCACUUUUCACAUCUUGCUUUAUGCGAGUGCAAAUCCUCAUGUCAUUACGUAGAAUUUUUAAAAGAAAUCACCUCAACUUUGUAUCUUUUGGCAAUUUAACAAUAAUGCAAAUAGCAGUUAGAUACCAGUUUGGAAUAAGUAAUGAAGCAGUUGAUCUGCAGCCUGCAGCCCGUUUGCUCAAGUGCAGCUUCUCUUCUUCUAUUUACACGUCGAUAGCGACUUUUACCUGUUAGUUUCUUUAAGAUUGAUGGCAUUACAGGGUAUAUUUCUAGAUGUGAUGCUAAGUUUGUACGUACUUAUGCACUGUACAUACAGUAAACAAGUGGAUGCAAACGAUGUUUGUACGUGUUGUAGCCUUAUGCAUUUUGUAGUUUGCAGACUUGGCAUGCAUUGUGAGAAGCUCCCCUUUUGGACAGAGUGUAAAACGUUUUAACAGUUGUGCAUUGCUGAUUUUGUUCUAAUCUCUUGGACGUGUUAACAUUGUUGUGUUCUAAUGACGGUGCAAUAUCUGAUCUCUUGUUUUGUUUCUGUCUCUUAAGCUUUGCAAAGUGAUCUUUAUUUGUGGGUAAAAGCACCUAAAACGGGUGUUUUAUUUAUUUAUUUUUUUCGGAGAUUCUGCUUGUCUGUGAGAAUUUUUUUUUUUUUUAAGUUAGGUCCCACGGCCGUUUCUUACACGCUCCAGAUUUCUUCCAGUGGUUGAUUUAUUUGUGGAUUCGCUCCUCUGUGCUUCCAAGAUGAUACUCUAAUAAGACUGCCUGUGAAUGGAUAGACUGGGCAAACAUGACUGUUGUGUUAUUACGUAUCAUAAGGUUUUUCCUGUGCAUCUGGGUGCGGAGACUAAAACAGUGACAGUUUGUAGCCUGUCAUGCAAACAGUUGUAUUCGUUCACUUGCGACGCAAUCCUAGUUUUUUUUUUUGGCUUUUCCUUACAAACCGAACACAUAUAAUACAUAUUAUGACACGUUAUUAGCCAAAGCUGAGAGAGAGUAUGAAACCUGUUACUUCAGUGCAGACUACAAUAACCGAAGUAAUUCAGGAAUAACACGAAAUAUCAUUGAAAUUAUUAAAAUUCACUCGCUCCUUCAUUUUAGGCCAAAAACACACCUUUAAAGAAGACAAUAAAACUUUUUCACUUCUUUCUACAACACUUGACAUUUAGUCCCUGAGGACACUGAAUGAUAGCUGUUCCAGGUGUUAUUUUGGGAGAAGGAAGUCGGAGACCCAAGAAAAGCUUCCCAAUGCUGACCAAUGCAGCGCUCUGCAGGCUUUUCUGUAGACGAUGCACUUACAGUGAUUAACAAAGCAAUUCUGUCACAUUGCA